UCCGCCUGUUACUGCGCAACGGCUCUUCAGCCACAGUCUCAACCACGACUGCGAUCUUACGACGGGCUUGAGAUCUCCCGGCGAGCCUGAUCGCUCUGAGUUGUGAGAGGCCCGUCUGCGUCGCGCUUCGAGCCGCAGCAGACCCGGACUGGGGUCGAAGAUGCUGUACGCAAGCUGAUCUCUGAGGCAGCGCAAACGAUGGAUUCCGUUAUAGGCUAGUGUUGCGCAGAGUGAUGAUGGUGUCUUAUCUCGCAUUUUCGUGUUGAAGGUCCAAGGGAGGAAUUAUAAAGCUGAGGAAGUGCAUACCACGAAGCUCAUUAGUCCCAACAUCCUGCACAUCCAAUCUUCGUCAGACUUGAGAGACUCUUCCUCAUCUCAAUUCACUAUCUCACUGUGAAAUCUUCUCAAUACCAGAUAAACUCCUCCAUCCAUCACCAUGGCCGCACCAACCCGUCCCCCAAAAAACGCAUUCAACACCUGGGCCCGCAAAGUCUACAACCCGCUCGGCUUCAGUAAAGCCUACAACUUCAUCCUCUACUUUAUCUUUGCGGGCGCGUUCUUCAGCUUCGCGCUCGCCCGUUUCAUGUACCUCAACUUCGCCGGCCACUUCUGCCCUGUCGAUCCCAAGGGCGGGAACUCCGCUGCGCCGGGAGAGUGCUACUAUUACAUGACCUUCUCCCGCGACAGGAUCGGCAUCAUGCUCCACCUUGCUAGCAUCCUGCCAGCUAGUGUCCUGGCUUGUGUCCAGUUUACGCCGUUCAUCCGCCAUAGGUGGAUUCUCGUCCAUCGUAUCUCGGGAUACCUCGCGGUGCUGCUGUACAUCGUCAGCCUUGCUGGCGCACUGAUGAUUGCACAUAUGGCUUUUGGUGGAGGUAUGGAUGUGCAAGUCUGGGUUGGGUUUGUUGGGAUUGGAGUGCUGGUCUGCUUUAUCUUGGCUAUUAUCAAUGUCAAGAGGUUGCAGAUCGAGCAGCACAGGGCGUGGAUGCUGAGGGGAUGGUUUUACGCUGGCUCUAUCAUCACAAGUCGGUUCAUUAUGAUCAUCGCUGCCAUAGUCAUUUCGAACAAGGGUCACCACAUCGUUUGGCCUUGCGCCAAGAUCGCCGACACAAUCGCCGACGAUAUGGAUCUUGUGUCUGAGUAUCCUGCUUGCGCAGCAUUCGUAGAUGGCAGCAACCUGAACCAAGUGUCUGCUGUCCUUGCGGAUAUGGGCGGUGCUUCCGCCGCGAACGCCGGUGCAGCACUGGAUAUGAACUUUGGUAUGGCGUUAUGGCUCGCAUUCGCGGUGCAUGCGCUUGGUAUCGAGAUCUAUUUGCAACUUACUCCGAAAGAAGCCGAACGCUUGAGACAAGUCAGCUACACACGACAGCUCGAGGCUGGUAUGCACAAGCCAGGCUCCGCCGGGUUGACUGCUGAUCGACUCGGCGAUGCAAAGCCAUGGGUCGUUGAGGACAGAAGGUCGAUUAAUGUUCCAUUGUUGGCUAAGGUAGACGAAUUAGUGGUGGGAAAGUAAAUGCUUCGAUAUUUGUACAGUACCUUUGAGCCCCGAAGAAGUGGACUAGACCAUGUUUUGCCGACAGCCAUUUUGACGGCCC